ACACACACACACACACACACACACACACACACACACACACUCACACACACACACACCACGUCCUCUGAGAACUCAGCUGGCUGCGACCGCUCACACCCCGCCCAGGCGCGCGUCCCAGCCGGUGGAGCGCAGAUCCAGAUCCCCAGCGCGGCCACUUGGCCCGGUGUUCCCGAGCCUCAGGUGGCGCAGGAGGGAGAGUCCGUGAGUGACAACCCGGCUGCGCACGCCAAGACCUUCAGCCCGCCGGUCCUCGAGGGGAGCGGAGCGGGCGCGUCUCUUGCCACUCAGAGCCCACCUGCCGGCCCUCCAGGGCCCGGCUCCAGCUGUGCCCUGGUCCAGGCGCCUGCUCCGCAGCUGGAGCGCCACCCAGGCUCUGCCUCCGUCCCUUGUGCCUCUGGAGCACCCCAGGCGACCCGAAAAAUCGCGGCGCGACAGCGGGAGCUCGCAAUGGCCAGAGCACACGGGUUGCUGUGUCUGUGGCUAGGUUGCUUCUGCCUGAACCUGGCACAGGGACAGAGAUUGAGCCUCCAUCUCCCUGAGCUCCGGGGAACUGGGACAGGCGACCGAACGACAGGUGGUGACCCGAGCCCGGAUCUGCCGCGGCACGACAAGGUGUCCGAGCAUAUGCUGUGGCUCUACGACAGGUACAGCGGCAGCACCAGGGUCCAGGACACCCGGACACUCGGCUCGCAGCCCCUGGGUCCCCAGCCCCUGCGCGGUGGCAACACAGUCCGCAGCUUCCGAGCCUCAGCCGCAGGAACUCUUCAAAGACAGGGGUUGCACACUUUUAACCUGACUUCUUUAACUAAGUCUGAGAACAUUUUGUCAGCCACACUGUAUUUCUGUAUUGGAGAAAUAGUGAACAUCAGCUUCAGCUGUCCAGUAUCCCAAGGAUGCUCCCAUCACACACAGAGACAACACAUCCAGAUCGAUCUCUCUGCAUGGAUCCUCAAAUCCAACCAAAGUCAGCCCCUGGGUCACCUGUCAGUAGAUGUGGUCAAAACUUAUCAAGACAGCUUGGCCUGGCUAUCAAAAGAUAUCACACAGCUCCUAAGGAAGGCCAAGCAAAAUGAGGAGUUGCUCAUAGGAUUUAACAUUACUUCCAGAGUACAUGAGCUGCCCAAGAGGGUGCUGCUUUUUCCAGAGCCUUACAUCUUGGUAUAUGCCAAUGAUGCAGCCAUUUCUGAGCCAGAAAGUGUGGUAUCUAGCUUACAGAGGCACAGAGAUAUCUCAGAAGGAACGGUUCCCAAAUUGGAUAGUCAUAUCAGAGCUGCCCUUUCUGUUGAAAGGAGGAAGAAGCGCUCCACUGGAAUCUUGCUGCCUCUGCAGAACAAUGAGCUACCUGGAGCAGAAUAUCAAUACAAAGAGGACGACGGAGUGUGGGAGCAGAAAAAGCCUUACAAGACCCUUCAGACUCAGCCUCCUGAAAAGAGCAAGAACAAGAAGAAACAGAGGAAGGGACCUCAUCAGAAGGGCCAGACACUGCAGUUUGAUGAACAGACUCUGAAGAAGGCAAGACGAAAGCAAUGGAUUGAACCUCGAAAUUGUGCCAGGAGGUACCUCAAAGUGGACUUUGCUGAUAUUGGCUGGAGCGAAUGGAUUAUCUCUCCCAAGUCAUUUGAUGCUUAUUAUUGCUCCGGAGCUUGCCAGUUCCCCAUGCCAAAGUCUUUGAAGCCAUCAAACCAUGCGACCAUUCAGAGUAUAGUGAGAGCAGUGGGGGUCGUCUCUGGAAUUCCUGAGCCUUGCUGUGUGCCAGAAAAGAUGUCCUCACUCAGCAUCUUAUUCUUUGAUGAAAACAAGAAUGUGGUGCUUAAGGUGUACCCUAACAUGACCGUGGACUCCUGUGCUUGUAGAUAACCCAGCAGAGAAUGAAUUCAAGUGUUCAAUUCAAUCAUUAGUUGGGUUUUAUGGACUAUUUCCUUCUUCCUUUCUGUUUUUAUUUUUGCAGUGGCAAUGCAUUUUGUCCCAAAAGAUCUUUUAUAGCAUAAAGAGAAUGAACAAAUAGAGUGAAGAUUUCCACCAAGAAAAACAGAACUGUAUUUUCUUCUAAAUGUAACUAAAAGUAAGAUUUUAGUGAAUGUGGACAUCUAUUUUUUUUUAAUCACAUAAGAAAAGCUAUUACUCAAACUGUUUUUAGGAGUGUUGGAGAACUUGUUGACUUAUUUUUUAUUGGGCUUUAAAACUAAAUGGGAGAUAGCAGCAAUAACAUCAUUUGUCUCUACUCAUCUAAUGACUAAAGGGACCUAGAUAGGAAUCUUGUGGUUUUAUUAGAUUUCUUGCCUUAGAUUCUCAAGCAAUUCUGAGACUUGUUUACCCUUGAUUUUUGUCCACAAUUAUGGUGUGAGCUGAGUUAGUGUGUGAUGAGUGCUAGUGUGUGUAUAUGUGUGCUGGGCACCUGUACCUUUGUUAAAAAAAAUUUUUUUAAUGUGGUUCUAUGGCUCUAUCCUCAUGGGAUUCCUUUUUUCCCUCCAAUAUCAUAUUCUAAUGAGACCCAUCCACUGAUGAACCAAAAGAGUAUGCCAAGAGUGAUGCUUGACCCAGCUGUCUGGUUGGAUGUCCUCUUUUCAUUGAGUUCCAGAAAAAGAAAAUUAGGAAUUCCAUUUUUUGAAAACCCAGAUGUAGCUCUCCAGUACCUCCUUUUUAAACAUGCAAUUUCAUCUGCUCUAAGCUAAUUUCAGAAGUACUUCCUGAAGUUAUUAGCUCUCUAGUCCUCUUGCUAUUAUAAUCUUCAUGUAAUGUUGUCCAUAAAUUGACUAAUUAAUAUUUCAUUUUAGUUAGUGGCUGACAUGCUAAAACCAGCACACAUUGAGCUUUGACAUUUUCUUAGCAAUGGAAAUGGAGGUCUUCGUACAUGGUAACAUGUACUAAGUUGGGGGUACAAUAUGGCAUACAAGGAAAAAACUGACUGCUAAAAAUAUUUUAGUAGUGGAGGCUAAAGUAAAAUGACUGACACUUUAAUUAAUAAGGCUUUAUUUAAUGGAAUAUUUUUUUAAAAAGUGUCUAUUUUGCAAUGAGUUAGGUAAAAAGUUUCUGUACAGUGUCCCCAUAAGAUUUUGAGAACUCCCUAUGCAAUAUUAAUAUUGAUGGGGGAAAGUAUUACAAUUUAAAAUGUUGUUUCCUAGAUAAAACCUGCUUGUCCCAUCUCAGUUCUGUCUCCCUUCCCAACUCAUUCUUCCUCUCUUCCCUCUCAAACACUGCCCCAUCCAGUCUUCCAGGCACACACACACACACACACACACACACACACACACAGAGAGAGAGAGAGAGAGAGAGAGAGACAGAGACAGAAACAGAGACAGAGACAGAGACAGACAAUAAAAGAGAAAACAAUUAUUAUAUUUUUUUCAACAAAAAGUUACAAAAAUACCACAGGGUUAGUCUUAUGUUGACCAUUUAUUCCUGGGCUCAGGGUCUACCCCUGAAGUGUGGUUAAUAUGUCCAGGGACACUCCAUUGGAGAAAACUAAUUUUCCCUUUUCAAGCGAGUCGUUUGCAGACAGCUUCUUGGUUAGAGGUAGGAGCCUAUGUCUACCACCCCCUCUUACAGCUGGGAUCCCAUCUGGCUUGAAUCUAUGCAUUCUCUUCCUGAUAACUGUUUUCUGGAAUUCCGGGUAAGGGAUUACCUAUAUCCAUGCAGUAUUUUAAGAAUUCUUCAUUGUAACCUGUGUAAAUAUUAUAUAAUUCUCAGAAUCUGAUGCUGUAAAAACUGGAAGAUUGAAUGCCUUAGACCUCAGGAUUGCAGUAUUCCAGAUUAAAUUUUAUGCUCACCUAGCUCUGUAUCAACUGAUGAUCAUUUAUCCAUUAAUAUAGUGUUCUACUAUUUCUGUAUAAAAGUCUUAUUACCCAUUUAAUAUUUCAUAGACAACUGUGAGUAAUACUAUCAUCAGUCUGACUUAUGCAAUGUUUAUGUAACUACAUUAUUCAGUUAAUCUUGAAGCUCUAAAUUUUCUCUGUGCUACCAAUGUCUGAACAUGUUGAAUCAAGGCUGGGUUAGAGAAAUAGCUACACAUACCUGAUAUGUAAGGAUGAAUAAGCAGCUAAGUAAGAAAUAUUGGGUAAGACUGAUUUCUCAGUAUUUUAGUGUAGCUUAUAAGGGAUUAAAUGGUCACCUUUUUCUAAAAAAAAAAAAAAAAGCUUUCCCUUCAACUUUUCACAUUAAUUCCUGUAAAUGUUUUAGUUGAAAGUUUAAUGCUUGUACAGUCAAUAGCAAUUUAAAUAUAUAUUAUAUGUAUAUGGAAAAAGUUUAAAGAUGCUUUUAAUUUAUUUAAUGACUGUUGCCUUUCUAUAUUGGUAAUUAUUUUUUUCCUUACAAGGUGAGAAAAACAUCUUAAAAAAAAAAAAAAAAAAGCUAUAGUUCCUAGCUAGGACAUGACGUUAGGUUUUUGUCAAGUCCAUUUCAAGAGUGUCACAGAGUAAAUGUGACAGACACUUCACUACUGACGUAUUAAGCUUUGCUGAUCUUGUAUCAUCUUCCUCCAGUAAUGAAAAACUUUCAUUCUAUAUUACAAAAAUAAAAACAGCUUAAUUGAA